CAGCCAUGUUGUUGCUGUGACACACCGAGCUGACAGCAACAGGUUGUUCAACUCAACAUUUCUCCCUUAACUUCAACUCUCCGUGGAGACUGAAGCCGACGGCGUGAGUGUGAAACCGUACAGAAGGUCGUGGAUGAUCGUUUCUUUCUCGGAAGUUUUUAGUUUUGGGGGGACCCGUGUGAAGUACGCAAGCAAAAACCGCUUAUCUAAGCACGAGCAUGGCUGUGAGCAAAAGCUGAGGACACCGCUGGGAGUUCUCCAAGUACAGACAUGAAUGGUCCAUCUGUAUGGGCAAUCUCUCCUGAAGAGAGGGUAAAACAUGAUCAGAAGUUUGACACCCUUUCCCCAUCAAUGGGCUACAUCUCAGGAGAUCAGGCAAGGAAGUUUUUCCUCCAGUCAGGGCUGCCUGCCUCUGUGUUGGCUGAGAUCUGGACUUUGGCUGACAUGAAUAUGGAUGGAAAGAUGGAUAGGUUGGAGUUUUCCAUCGCGAUGAAGCUCAUAAAGCUUAAACUUCAGGGUACAGCACUUCCCUCUGCGCUACCAAUCAUCAUGAAACAGCCUCCAGUACCUGCUCCCAACCUUAAUACUCCCACCUCAGUCAUGUCGAGCCCUAACUAUGGCAUUGGCUCCCUGCCUAUGAUGCCUGGAUCCAAUCUUGCCAUGUUGACUUCUAUGUCUGUGGCAUCUCCUGGCCUCUCACCUUUAUCACCAAUGACAGGCUUCACCCCCUAUGCUCCUGCAACGACAGGGAUAAACCCAUUGAUGACCUCGGCCUCUACCAGGCCCAUGAUGCCCACUGUGGGAAACAAUGCACUGUCAAAUGGUACCAUGGGAUUCCUUCAACCAGUCCCUGCUGGACCUAUGACUACUGGCCUGCCUCUUUCUGCAACCUCUUACUCCUCUCCAGCUGGACACUCUGCUUCUCCUGCAGCUAUGAACAGUGCCUCACCACUGCUGGAUCUUGGCAGUUCUGCUCCAUCAUCUGUGUCUGUCAUGUCCCCUAUGAAUGCUGUUCCCAGUGAUUGGGCGGUGCCACAUGCCUCAAGACUGAAAUACAGGCAGCAGUUCAACAUCCUUGAUAAACAGAUGACUGGAUUCCUCACAGGUCAGCAGGUGAGAAACGCCAUGGCAACCACAAUGCUAACACAGACUCAGCUGGCCUCCAUCUGGAAUUUGUCAGAUGUUGAUAAGGAUGGCAAGCUAAAAGCUGAGGAGUUUAUUCUGGCGAUGCAUUUGGUGGAUUUGGCGAAGAAUGGACAACCGUUGUCUCUGACACUGCCUCCUGAGUUGGUACCACCCACACAUAGGAGUGCAGUGAAUGGCUCCAGCUCUUCCUUCUAUUCAGCUAUGAUCGAUGACCUGGACAUGGAGCCUCCACAGAAAGCCAAAACUAACAUGUCCUUUGAAGAUAAGUUCAAAGCCAACAUGGAGCAUGGGAACGCCGAGCUGGAGAAGAGACGUCAGGCUCUGCUGGAGGCAGAGAGGAGGGAGCUUGAGCGGCGUGCUCAGAAGGAAAAGGAGGAGCAAGAAAGGAAGGAGAGGGAGGCUCGAGAGGCUGAGGAGAGGAGGAGGAAAGAGGAGGAGCAGAGGCUGGAGCGACAGAGGGAACUGGAGAGACAGAAAGAGGAGGAGAGACAGAGAGAGAUCGAGAGAAGAGAGGCUGCACAGCGGGAGCUCGAGCGCCAGAGGAAGGAGGAAUAUGAGAGGAGGAAACGAGGAGAGCUGCAGAUAAAGAAGGAGCAGGAGCAAGAUGAGAUUAUUAAACUAAAGGCAAAGAAGAGAAGUCUUGAGAUGGAGCUGGAAGCAGUGGGUAACAAACACCAACAGAUUUCUGAUCGGCUGCGCGGCAUUCAGAACAAGAAGAAAAUUCAGAAGACGGAACUGGAUCUGAACAAUCAGAGGAAAGAGACACGCCAGCAGGAUAUGAACGCUCUGCAUAAACAAAUAGAGGACUUCCAGAGGAAGUUGUCCCAGCUGACUCCAGAGAAGAAGAGACUAACAGAGAAACUCCAAAACAUGUCUCUGAAUAACCUGCCAGUGUCGACUAUGUCCGCCCUGAAGGUGAAUGUUUCAGAGAAGAUGGGAACCUGUUGGAAACUGCGAGAGCAGCUGGAAACUCUGGAACGAGAAACUUCUGCCAAACUGACGGAGAUGGAUCGCUAUAACAAAGACAUGCAGGAGCUGAGAGAAAAUCAGGGAAAGCAGCAGGCUGCCCUUGAGAAGCUGCGGAUCAUCAAAGAGGAAAAGCAGCGAGAGCUAAUUCGAAAGAAAGAGCAGGAAGAGGAGAGAAAGAGGAAGGAGGAGGAGAGGAAACGACAAGAGGAGGAGAAACGGCGGAGGGAGGAGGAGGAAGCUCAAAGACGUAUCAAAAUGGAAAUGGAGCGUCAGCGGCAAGAAAAGCUAAGGCGGGAAGAAGAAGAGCGUCAGAGGAAGCUCCAGGAGGAAAGGGAGGCCAAGAGGAGAGAAGAGGAGGAAAAAACGAGACAGGCUCUCAUCCAGGCUGCCAGGGAGCAAGCUGAACGAGAGCUUAGAGCAAAGGAGGAGGCUGAGCGAAAGAGAAGGGAAGAGGAAGAGAGGAAGAAAAGAGAAGAGGAGGAGCGUCAGAGGCAAGCAGAAAGACGCAGACAGGAGGCAGAGAGGAAAAAGUUGGAAGAAGAGAGGAGGAAACUAGAGGAAGAGAGAAAGAAACUGGAGGAUGAGAGAAAGCAAGAAGAGAGAAGAAAGAAAGAAGAGGAGGAGAGGAGAAGAAGGGAAGAAGAGGAGAGAGAAAAUGAGCGCAGAAGAGAAAGGGAGGAAGAAGAUCGGAGACGACAUAGGGCGGCUGAAGCAGCUCUUCGAGAUUCUGAGGAGAGAAGAAAGCGAGAGGAGGAGGAGAGGAAGAAGAAAGAGGAAGAUGACAGGAAGAAGCGAGAGGAAGACAGGAGAAGGCUUCAGCAGCAGCAGGAAGAGGAGACGAGGAGGCGUGAGGAUGAGGGGAAAAAAGCAGAAGAGGAGAGGAAAAGAAAAGAGGAGGAAGAGGAGAGACGAAAAGCCGAGUUAGAGAACAGAAGGAAGGAGGAGGCGUCUCGUCAGCAGCAACCAAAUGGAGGAAAGAUAGAUGUUCAGGAGAAGCUGAUGUCUCUGCUGAGAGGGCUGGAGGAGAGAAAGGGAGGGAAGCCAAAGGUCACACAACACAGGAAGUCAGCUGCUCUCACAUCCUUCAAGGCACUCUACCCAUUCACUGCACGAAAUAAUGAAGAGCUCAGCUUCAGUCAAGACGAUGUCAUUGAGGUUGAUGAGACAACCGAGCGAGAGGAGGGAUGGCUGUAUGGUAGCAGACAGGGGAAGAUGGGCUGGUUUCCAGAGAGCUAUGUUGAGAAUGUGGGCCCGUCAAACACAACAAAUACCCCCACUGCUGCCGCUCCUCCUAAAAUGCCAAUUCAAACUCAACUUAGCAAUGCGCUCGAAGCGGCCAAGGCAGCAGGAACAAAGUCUGCUUUCACACCGACACACUCUCCAAACUCUGCACCUUCUGAAACACGUGGACAGCCAGUGGUGGGUAACCUGUUGGCUCAGGCCCUGUGUUCCUGGACAGCAAAGACAGACAAUCAUCUGAACUUCAAUAAGGAUGAUGUGAUUCAUGUUCUGGAGCAGCAGGAGAACUGGUGGAUGGGAGAGCUGAACGGUGAACGGGGCUGGUUCCCCAAGACUUAUGUGACCUUGCUGGGAGAAGACGAGGGUUCAGACACGAAGAGCUCCCCUCCUGAUGCUGCAGAAUCAGCUGACAGCCUUCAACGUGAAGAGUAUGUAGCGUUGUACACGUAUGAAUCUCCAGAGCCUCGUGACCUGACAUUUAAAGAAGGAGAUGUAAUAUUGGUGAACAAGAAAGAAGGAGAGUGGUGGAACGGCUCGACGGGAGAGCACUCUGGCCUUUUUCCAAGCAACUAUGUCAAACCUAAAGAGGCAGAUACAUCAAGCAUAUCUGGAAAGAAAAAACAAGAAAUCGCCCAGGUGAUUCGAGCCCACCCAUCUGCUGGCCCCGACCAGCUGAAUCUGGAAAAUGGCCAGCUAAUUCUCAUUUUUGGCAAGAAUGCCUCUGGCUGGUGGCUCGGAGAACUUCAGGCUCGUGGAAAGAAGCGUCAGAAAGGCUGGUUCCCAUCCUCUCAUGUUAAAGUCUUGUCAUCCAGUAGUGGUAAAUCCACACCAGCGCCCCAACCAGUCUGUCAGGUGACAGCCAUAUAUGACUACACAGCUGCCAAUCAGGAUGAGCUGAGCUUCACUGAAGGGCAGCUGAUCAAUGUUUUAGACAAGAACGACCCCGACUGGUGGAAAGGAGAAGUCAACGGGGUCACCGGCCUGUUCCCCACCAAUUAUAUCAAGAUGUCAGCGGAUUCUGACCCCAAUCAGCAAUGGGGAUCAGACCAGACCAGUCUGGACUCUCAAGGCCCUGUGGAUAAAAAAACACAAGGUUAUAUUGAUGAGCUCAUUGAGUCUGAGGAGAGAUAUGUGGAAGACUUGCAGGUGGUGUUGGAGGUUUUCCACAAGCCUAUGUCUGAGUCAGGUCGGCUGAAUAAGACAGAGAUGGACAUGAUCUUUGUCAACUGGGUGGAUCUGCUGGCCUGUAACAAUAAACUAGUCAGGGCUCUCCGUCUUUGCAAGAAGAGCGGUGGAGAGAACACCCCGGUGCAGAAGAUCGGAGAUAUCCUGGCAGCCGAGCUGUCCAACAUGCAGCCCUACAUCCGUUUCUGUUCAAGCCAGUUCAAUGGCGCUGCGCUGCUGCAGACUCGCACCGACAACGAGCCGGACUUCAAGAGCUUCCUCAAGAAAAUUGCUACAGACUACAGAUGUAAGGGCAUGCCGCUGUCCAGCUUCCUGCUAAAACCCAUGCAGAGGAUCACACGUUACCCACUUCACAUCAAAAAAAUUCUGGAGUGUACGCCAGAGGGUCACACUGACCGAAGUUCCUUGAAAGAGGCUCUGGAGAGGGCUGAGGAACUCUGUCAACAGGUGAACGAGGGUGUCAGGGAGAAGGAAAACUCUGAGAGACUAGAGUGGAUUCAGCACCACGUACAGUGUGAAGGUCCUCUGGAGCAUUUGGUCUUUAACUCCCUUACCAGCUGUUUGGGUCCCAGGAAACUGCUGCACAGCGGUAAACUGCACAAGGCAAAGAGCAACAAGGAGCUCUGGGCUUUCCUCUUCAAUGACUUCCUGCUUUUAACUUAUCCAGUGAAACAGUUCACCUCAUCUGGGCCUGACAAACUGUUCAGCAACAAGAACAACGUGCAGCUCAAGAUGUAUAAACCACCUGUGCUGCUGAACGAAGUCCUGGUGAAACUUCCGGAUCCCUCCAGCGAGGAACCCAUCUUCCACAUCUCACACAUCGACAGAGUCUACUCUCUCAGGACCGACAACAUCAAUGAACGGACGGCGUGGGUUCAGAAGAUAAAGGUGGCGUCUGAGAACUUCAUCGAGACUGACAAUAAAAAAAGGGAAAAGGUUUAUCAAGGGCGAUCUAUGAAGGCUAGUGGAAUCGGCAGACUCCUAGUCAACAUCUUGGAAGCCACUGAACUCAGGGCUUCAAAACCUAACGGUAAGAGUAACUGUUACUGUGAAGUGACCAUGGGAUCUCAAACCUUCACAUCCAGAACGCUCAACGACACUCAGAACCCCAAGUGGAACUUCAGCUGUCAGUUUCACAUCAAGGACCUUUACCAAGAUGUCCUCUGCAUCACCAUAAAUGAAAAAGACCCGUUUUCUCCUGAUGUGUUUCUUGGGAGGACAGAGGUUCCCGUAGCAACCAUAAAGAAAGAGUUGGAGAACAAGGGACCGGUGACGCGCCGUCUGCUGCUGCACGAAGUUUCAACGGGAGAGGUGUGGGUCCGACUUGACCUGCAGCUCUUUGCCAACCAAUAAGGAGCCGAACAAACUGUAACGAACUGGGUUUUUUUUUACCAAAACAUUUAAUCAAACAUGACAAGCUGCUUGUUUUAAACAGACCAGAUGGUUCCACUCACAUGUGUAACACUGACUUAAAUGUAUUCUUUUUUUUUUUUUUUUAAUAAAUCCUCUGAACUGUAUGUUACACACAAUGCCUUUGAAAAUGCAAUCUUA